AGCCUGUGCACUACUACUUGCAUUCCGUAUUUCUGCGCCUUGUGUGAUGGCGGCCCACUGAUUGUUGACCUGGCUACAGAUCCAGAGGUCUGACGUUAAAAGAGAAAAAUAAUAGCAUUCUGCAUUGUACAGAUAGAAACGUUCUCUUAUAACGAUGGCUGCUGCUAAUGCAUCGCCAGUUCACCUCGGUCGGACCCAUGGCCAGGCCCAGCAGCGAAUUCAGACUUCCGGAGGGGUCAACGCCAGUAGCGGCCAACACCCAUGGUCAAGCGUCCCACAUCACCUUCCAGGGGUCAACAAUGGGACCGUCAUGCCAGGCUACAGAAACAGGGACCCGUACGUAGCGGAAGAUAUCGACAUGUACGGCCCAAGUAGGACUAACCUCCCUGGCCAGCAAUUUCAGCAAAGCUCACCGGAAAACCACAAGGUGACCCAAAGGCGCUCGACGAAGCGAUCACAAAGUCCAAACUCUGAUGAAAACUAUGAGACACAUCAUCUCAGGGCGCAGUUAGGAGGGUUAGGGGUACUUCAAGAACUUCUUGAGGAUCAAAGAAACGAAAUUAAAGAUUUGCAAGAGUGUUUGGAGUUUCUUGUAAAAGUCACAGAGGAGAAUGGUGUUUUUGUGGAUCCGGCUUUGCUUGACAAACUUGAUAAAGUGAGAGUGGGCAGUGUUACUUUGUCGGAAGCUCAGUGGUCUGUUGAACUGAAGAGACCACCUCCACUAUCGAUGCUGACACAAGCAGAUGGAAGGGACCAAACUACAAGAUUAAAGGAGCAGCUCAAAGCCAAAGACAAUAAAAUCCAGAAUCUUGAGAAGAAAAUUAUCGAGCUGCGGGAGGAGCUUCAGCUGUCAUCAGAUGAGAAGUCACAGGAGAUAGCCAGGUUACAGGCUCAGCUACAUGUCUAUUCCGAGGAUGGUCAGACCUCCAAGAAUCUUUGCCAAUCCUUGACAGGAGAAGCAGAAGUUCUGAGGCACAGGCUUCAGGCCGUGAUCAAGGAAUGUCAGGGACUUACCUCGGAGCUAAAGGACUUCAAGAGGAAUACGCUCCCCGGCGGCCAGGUUGAGUCCACACCAGGCAUGAUGGACACCCCGGUGAGCGUAGAGAACCAACUGAAGAUCACAAAGAGACAGCUGGAGCAGCUGGAGCAGGAGAAGAAGCAGCUCUCCGACCAAUUCAAGGAGGUGACCAGGAUGAACAAACGUUGGCAGAGGUACAGUCAGCAGCAGGAUGUGGCCAAAGGAGAACUGACCCAAACUAAUACUGAUUUGAACAACAAGAAUAAGGUCUUAGAAGUGCAGUGCAGAGACUACGAAGAACUGAUGAGCAAACUUCAGAGACAGAGCCAGGAGAACGAGGAUUGCACGAGGCACCGACGCGUCGACAAGACGGAAGCGGCGCACAAGGACGACAUCAUCAGAAGACUUCAGAAGGAGGUCAUUGACCUCGAACAUGAUGUCAGGCAAACUAGGCGAGACAGCAGGAAGUAUGACACCGAGGUCGUGAAACAACAGCUCAAGCAGUAUACUGAAGAUUUCCAGAAAGAACAUAUCGAGAAGGAAAAACUGAAGAGAGAGAACGCCAUCUUGAAUAGGAACUCCCUGGAAGCUGAAGAACUUGUCCGCCAGCUGAGUAAACAACUUGAAGGGACAAAGAGAGAGAAGCAUCAACUUCAGAGAGAGAACCAACAGCUGCUGGCAGAUAGGAGAAUGAAUGCUGGUUACCUACAUGUACUGCCAGAUAACCUUCAUAGAGAGAGGAGAGAACUGACUCCCCAUGGCAUGGGUCAGAAUCACUCGGUCAUCUCGUUGGACAACUUCCCCACCCUGCCCAAAGACGUCCAGCACGACGGGCCCUUCAACCACCCCCACUCUGCCCCCUCCCGCUCCCUUGCAUCCCUCUCCAUGAUCUCACCUCCCAUCUCUCCUCCCGUCCCAUCCCCAACCCCAUCCCCGUCGGACAAAGACUCGGUGGACUGCGGGGUCAAAGGUCAGAAGUCGUCCUGUAGCGACGAGGAACCUCUGCAGUGCCCUCGAUGCCUGAGGGAAUUCCCUGUCGUGAAACAUUCAGAUUUCAUGAGGCAUAUAGAGCAGUGUCUCGACCAGUGAUAAAGGCUUGACAGGUGAUGUAGGGAGAGUACUUUUACAAAAGGAAGCAAGAAACAUCUCAAAUCUCUACAAAUUAUGUUGAAAAAUAUGUCACCUCGACAUUGCAAUCGAGUUUCCAAAUAUCAGUCACAAAUUUAACUUUAAAAAAUAUGUGUCAAAUUUCAACUGUAGUGUCCCUUUCCCAUACUCAUCUUUGAUGUUGUUGAUGAUAAUCAUAAUCAUCAUUAGCCAAAAUUCUUUGAAAAUUUGAGUGGUUCAAACUGCUUGUGGUAAUGUUAAGGAUAAUAACAAAAUAUUAAGGACUAAAAGUAUGCUAUGUUGUUCUACAUAGACAUAUCCAAAUUUUACUCUCUUUAGAGAUACACCAAUCAUUUGGAAAUGCCCCUUGCUUUAUUAAAACAAAUGAAGUGUUUGAGAUUUGUGCAUUUUGUUUCUUGCUUCCUGUUUUCAAAGUACUCUCUCUACAUCACCAGUAAGCCAGUCUACUCUGACGUCCAAGUUGAUGAUGAGGUAAACUAGUUUUCAACCAGUCACCAUGUGUGUAUUGUCUGGAUCUAAAUUGGCAACACUCAUGGUGAAAUGAAAAUACCUAAAGUAGUCUCUUUAAAUAACGUAUAAUCUGGUAACAGGCAAAGAGAGAAUUUUUUAUAGGAAUGAAUCUAUUUUUCAAUGCUUGAAACUUAAUGUUAAAUUCAUUGGCAUUGAUAUGUGAUGUAUGGAUGUAUGUUAACAAUAAUUAAGAAUGAUAUAAGGAUUGGGAGAAGCCUCUGAAACAUAUAAAGAGAA